UGAGGACCAGGAUGAGCUACACUACCAAGAUGCCGACUUGGAUGUGCCAGAGCAGCGGGAUGGCAGGUGCAAGAUCAAGUGGACACCAGAAGAGGAUGAGCAGCUGAAGAUGUUAGUAAGCCAUUAUGGGCAGAAUGACUGGAAGUUCCUGGCCAGUCACUUUCCUAACCGCAGUGACCAGCAGUGUCAGUACCGAUGGCUCAGAGUGUUGAACCCAGACCUGGUGAAGGGCCCUUGGACAAAAGAGGAGGACCAAAAGGUAAUUGAACUGGUUAAAAAAUAUGGCACCAAACAGUGGACCCUGAUAGCCAAGCACCUGAAAGGGCGGUUAGGGAAGCAGUGCCGGGAACGCUGGCACAACCACCUGAACCCUGAAGUGAAGAAGUCUUCGUGGACAGAGGAGGAGGAUCGCAUCAUUUAUGAGGCCCACAAGGUCCUGGGGAAUCGCUGGGCGGAGAUUGCCAAGCUGCUGCCUGGGAGGACUGACAAUGCUGUGAAGAAUCACUGGAACUCCACCAUCAAGCGGAAGGUGGACACAAGAGGUUUUCUCAAUGAAGCUAAAGAGUCCAAGUCAGUGUACUUGCUUGUGGAGGUGGAUGACAAGGAGAGACGAAGUCAAAUGACAGCUGAGAGCCAGAACAUCCUGCCCAACUGGCCAGCUGAUCUCUCUGAAAUAAAGGAGGAAGAUGCCAGUGAUGAGGAAGUGACAGGAGUGCAGGAGUUGCCCUCAGAGCUGCCAGUUGCAGAGCUGGCAGAGCAGAACGCUGAGGGUGCCCUGGAUGAGGCAGUGCCUGAGAAUGCUUCGUUUAUCACAUCACCAUACAAAUGGGUCGUUGAAGCUGCUAACUGUUUGUACCCAACUUCAGUGCCAGCCUUGAAUGAAGCUCUGGACAUGAUUGAAUCUGACCCAGAUGGGUGGUGUGAUCUGUCCCAGUUUGACCUGCCUGAGGAACCCUCUGCUGGUGGCAGCAGCAGCAGCAACAGCCCUGUGAGGCAAACCCCCAGCAAGCCAGUGCCAUCCCUGCCCAACAUGACCGAGUACCGCCUGGAUGGCCACACCAUCUCUGACCUGAGCAGGAGCAGCAAGGGGGAGCUCAUCCCCAUCUCUCCCCACGCUGAGGCAAGCUUUGGCACACCACCCUCUGUGCUGAAGAGGCAGAAGAAGAGGAAGAUCUCCCUCUCCCCUGUCACAGAGAACGUUGCCAGCACCAGCCUGUCCUUCCUUGACUCCUGCAACAGCAUGACACCCAAGAGCACCCCUGUCAAGACACUGCCCUUCUCUCCAUCUCAGUUCUUAAACUUUUGGACCAAACAGGAUACACUAGAACUGGAGAACCCAUCUCUGACCUCCACACCUGUGUGCAGUCAGAAGGUGAUUGUCACCACUCCUCUGCACAGGGACAAGACCCCUCUGCUCCAGAAGAAUUUAGCGUUCGUCACACCAGAUCAGACAUAUGUGGUGGACAACACACCUCACACUCCCACCCCUUUCAAAAAUGCCCUGGAGAAAUAUGGACCAAUUAGGCCUCUGCCCCAGACUCCUCACCUGGAAGAAGACUUGAAGGAGGUGCUCCGAAGUGAAGCUGGCAUUGAACUCAUCAUAGAGGAUGAUGUGAAGCCUGAGAAACAGAAGAGGAAACAAGGGCUGCGCAGGAGUCCCAUCAAGAAGGUCAGGAAGUCUCUGGCCCUGGAUAUUGUGGAUGAAGAUAUGACCCAAAAUCUGCCUGCUCUCCCCAAGACUGUGUGUUUCAAAAGAGCCCAGCCUGUGAAUUUCCUGUCAAGGUCCCUGAACAUUUCCUCCUCAAGCAGGAAGAACGACAGUGGUUUGCUCAACAGAGCCUUCGUGCAAGUGCAGCCAGAGAAAAUGUCCUACAGGAAGAUGCCAAGUCAUUUCAGGCCCCCAGCACCAAUGACCAGAGCUUGGAAAGUGGUGGCCUGUGGUGGAACCCGAGACCAACUCUUCAUGCAGGAGAAAGCUCGACAGUUUUUGGGCACAUUGAAACAGAGUCACACAUCAAGGACCUUAAUCUUAUCAUGAAGGAUUGUUCUGCUUUCUAAUUUUAUUUUUUAAAUUUUUAUAAUAAGUGGAGGGGGAACCCCAGGAAAAAAGUUGUUCUUUGCCAGGCUUUGCUAUGGUGGGAGUGGAUUUUUUUCCUUCUGUUCCCAGGUAGAUCUAUAUUGUAAUAAAACUGCUGGCUAA